AAAAAAAAAAAUUUCUGAAAAGAUGAACCGUUCCUCUGUUACCUGCAAAUAACGCGGUGAAGGAUCCGAAAGAACAUGAACCAGAGAAAAACUUGAAGAAACCCUAAUCUUUAGCCACACCUUUAAUCCCAAUCCCCAAUCGUAUCUUUCCUCAAUCGAUCGAAUCUGAAAAUCGAUAACGGUAAGGCAAUUAGGUUUUUUAGGCGUCGUGAAAUUAGGGUUAGGGUUUUUGAUUUUUUUUUCGCCUCCCUUGUUAUCUCGGAGGAGGAAGUUAGGGUUACGGUUACAUGAGCCGCGCGGGAGGUUACGGUUGGUGUUUGUGUCGGUUAUGAACGUUGACCAAUGCAAGUGGCGGGAGAAGAUGAUGGGUAGGGGAGUGGACGGAGGUUGUGGUGCUGAGGAGAGGCCUUGUAGACCAUCUCGUAGGGAUAACAAAGGCUUUGAGGAGGGUAAGAGUUCGUUAGGAAUCGAUUUGUUAGCUCAGGCGAGUAAGCAUCUCUCUGAGAGGUCUCCUUAUGAUGGUGCUGAAGAUGGUUCGAGUAUAGGUGUGAGUGUGGGGACUUUACCUAUUGCGUUGGCGAAUUUGUUGAACCAGAAGGAUGAUAAGAAACGGCAUAAGAAGUCACAGCAUGGGGGUGAGACGAAGAAGAAGAAGUCUUCUAGGCAGGGGGAGAAGUUGAGAGCUGGGAGUGUUUGGGUUGAACAGGGGGAGUAUUUUAGGCGGUUAGAGUUGCCUGAUUUGGAAACUUUGUCGGAUUUAGCGUCUUUACGGUCUUUAGCUUCUAGAAGCUGCUUCUCAGUGCCUUCUGUGGAGUAUGAGUCGAUUGAUAUACAAGUGAGGGAGACUGAUGCGAGUGCUAAGAGUGAGGAUGUUGUUGGUAAAGAGGUUUCUGAAGGAACGUCGAAGAAAGAAGAGGCAAUGAGUGUUGACAAUGUGGGGGAUGAGGUUUCAUCUGGUAGUUUAGAAUGGGUUUUAGGUUGCAGAAAUAGGAUUUUGUUGGCAUCAGAAAGGCCAUCCAAAAAGAGGAGGCGUCUUGGUAGUGAUGCAGGUUUGGAGAAGUUAGUGGUUGCUGCUCCUUGCAGAGGGGAUGCAUUGUUAUGUGAUUUUUGCUGCACUGGUGAUGCCAAGGAACAUCGAAACGAGUUGAUUGUUUGCACUUCCUGCAAAGCUACAGGUCAUAAGAAAUGCUAUGGUGUGGUUGAAGAUACAGAUAAGACUUGGUUGUGCUCUUGGUGUGACGAUGGUCGUAAUGAUUCUGAAAGACCAUGCUUGCUUUGUCCGAAAAAGGGUGGCAUUCUGAAACCUGUAAUCUCAAAAACUGAGAAUGGUGGGCCACCGGAGUUUGCUCAUCUGUUUUGUUCGUUGUGGAUGCCUGAGGUGUACAUAGAAGAUUUGAAUAAAAUGGAGCCAGUCUUGAACUUGCAUGGAAUAAAAGAAACUCGCAGGAAGUUAUUGUGUAACGUGUGCAAGGUGAAAUCUGGUGCUUGCAUUCGGUGUUGUAAUGCAACAUGCCGAACAUCUUUCCAUCCUAUAUGUGCAAGGGAGGCAGGGAAUAGGCUAGAAAUCUGGGGAAAACACGGGUGUGACACAGUUGAACUGCGAGCUUUCUGCUCUAAGCAUUCUGAGGUUCGAGAAAGUGGAAGGCCUAUAGAGGAAGGAGAUAUUAAUGCAGCUGAUAGUCGUCCUCCUGUAUUCCAUCUUCCAUCAGAAUCUGUAAGAGAUCAGCUAAGUAAUGAUGAGAUGGGAGUUGACGUAGGAACACCAGGUACACGUUCUGAUAUUCGGAGUAACAGUGAAUUGCGAGAACUGGAAUCACCACGUUCAGAAUUUAACUUGCCUGCAACAGACAUUGUUGAAUCAGGGAUUACGGGGAGAAGCACCGAUGAUGAAAAGAUUCAAUCCGAGUCUCUUAGUUUUGGAUUGAUUCUGAAAAAGUUGAUCGACCUGGGGAAAGUGAAUGUGAAGGAUGUGGCUGAAGAGAUUGGGGUCAAUCCUGAUGCUUUGAAUGCCAAACUUACGGAUGGAGACUUGUUACCUGAUUUACUAGGCAAGAUAGUUAAAUGGCUUGGCCAGCAUGCACACAUGGGUACUAAGAACAAAGGCGAAACUUUUAAAAGUACGAAACCUACUAAAUCUGAGCGUCGGGCAGCUAUCUGUACUGAAGGCAUGGUGAUGCUAGAUUCUAACAUCUUGAAUCCGACAUGUACCCCUUCUGAAAAUUGUAUCGGUAAUGGUGUUAUGGUUGAUGAAGCUAAAGCUAAUAGGCCAGUUUUGGAAAAUGAAAGCAGUGGGAACUUGCCAUCUGAUAAUUCUUCAGAAGAACAGAAAUUAGCAGUGCUUGAUCAGGAAGGUCAUCUUGGGAAAAAUUCAGUCAAUCUUUCUGAUGAUCUCGAAGAACAAUCAAAUCCCAGUUCGUCUGGACUAAUGGUGGAGAAUGCCUUUUCCAUGAGGCCAGAUAGUUGUCAAAAUCGUGAAAUUUUGAACUGUCCAAGCCCUAUUAUCUUGGAUCUCCUUGAUCAUGAAGCAUAUCCUGGUUUCGAUCCUCAUCCUUAUAUCCACAAAGAAUUGUCGGAGAUGGACAAGGGAAAGACCCUGAAAAGCAGCACUAAUUCUUAUGUGGAUAAGAUGACAACCGAACCUGAUGGCUCUGAAGACGGAAGCAAACAUCUGCAGGACAGAGACACCUUUGAUCAGUUAGCUAAAGCUAGGAAACUGGGCAUACUGGAUCUGUCUCCCAAAGAUGAAGUGGAAGGAGAACUUCUAUAUUAUCAACUUCAGUUACUUGGCAACGCAGUUUCAAGAAAGCAACUAUCGGACGAUCUAGCCUACGAAGUUGCCAAAAAGUUGCCCCUGGAGAUUGAUGAAGAGCAUGAACGAAGAUGGGAUGAUGUUCUAGUCAACAAAUACUUCCAUGAUGUCAGGGAGGCAAGAAAGCAAAGUAGGAAAGAGAAAAGACACAAAGACGCCCAGGCUGUUCUAGCUGCGGCUACUGCUGCAGCAGCAACAUCUUCUCGGAAUACAUCGCUCAGGAAAGAUAUGGCAGAAGAACCUGCUCAACAAGAGAUGAGUACUUCUAGACGUAAAGUUACUGGCAGCGCUCACCUAGUGCCACAGACAAAGGAAACACUUUUAAAGAUGCCUGUUUCCGGUCCACCAUCUGAGAAGCGGUCUGAUCAUCGUACGCCAGACUUUUCAUCAGAAAAUCCACGAAGUUGUGAUAUCUGCAGACGCUCAGAAACUAUAUGGAACCUGAUUGUUGUGUGCUCUAGUUGCAAGGUUGCUGUUCACAUGGAUUGCUACAAAUGCGCUAAAGAAUCUACUGGUCCUUGGUACUGUGAACUAUGUGCGGAAUCUACUGGUUCUUUCAAUUUUUGGGAAAACCCGUCUUCUACUACAGAGUGCACUUUAUGUGGAGGCACAACUGGGGCUUUUAGGAAAGCCACAAAUGGCCAGUGGGUACAUGCAUUUUGUGCAGAGUGGUCUUUGGAAUCAACCUUCAGAAGGGGGCAAACAAAUCCUGUGCAGGGAAUGGAGUCACUGGCCAAAACCACCAACACUUGUUGUGUAUGCCAACGGAUAUAUGGUGCAUGCUUUAAGUGUAGUUAUGGUAACUGCCAGGCGACAUUUCACCCCACCUGUGCCAGAAGUGCUGGCUUUCAUAUGAUUGGUGGUGGGAAGCUUCCGCACAAGGGUUACUGUGAGAAGCACAGCUUGGAACAGAAGGCAAAGGCCGAAUCUCAAAAACAUGGGGCAGAGGGGCUAAAAAGUCUCAAGCAUUAUAGGGUUGAACUUGAGAGGUUACGACUUCUGUGCGAGCGGAUAGUGAAGAGGGAGAAGUUAAAACGAGAGUUGGCUAUCUCCUCACAUGAGAUACUUGCUGCCAGAAGGGACCACGCUGCACGUUCAUUACCAGUCCGUAAUACAUUUUCUCUUCCAGAAGUUUCGUCGGACUCAGCUACAACAUCAAUAAAAGGUCAUCAAGAUAGUAAUAUAUCUGGCAGUGAAGCAAUACAGAGAUCAGAUGACAUCACCAUUGACAGCACAGCCUCUGUUAAGCAGCGCCGAGGCAAAGGUCCAAUUUCAAUGGAUACUGAUCAGAAAACCGACGAUAGUGCUACUUCCAAGGGUAGGAGCAAAAUAUUUUCCGGGAAAACAGUUCCACGAAAACAUUGUAUAGUCUCACCAAGUGUUUCAGAGGAUGGAGGAGAUGAAGAAUCAAAGCCCAAGAAGCAUGUAGAAACAUUUGCGAAGGAGAUUGUGAUGACAUCGGAUGAAGCUUCUUUUAAGAAUCGGCGGCUCCCAAAGGGCUACUUUUAUAUUCCUGUUGAUUGCUUGCAAGAGGAUAAUAAGCCAAUCAACGAGAAGGACGAGGACUCGUCUGACAAGUGAAUCAACCACAAAGGCUUCUUUCUUAAGGUGUGAUAAAGCACAUGGGACGUCUGUUUUGGUUAACGUUCCCUUUACCAUAAAGGGAACGUUUCGGGCCAUGGAAACGGCGGCACAGGACGUUGGGAUAUGUCCGAGAAGUUGGAGACGCAACACUUAUGGAAGAUGCACGGACGAUGAAAUCAAUCGAAACGUAGAUUUGUUUGGUUUUAAAAUUUGUAUGAUGCUUUAUAUAGUGAUUGAACUCUGAUUAGCAAGAGGAGACUACAAAGAAAAGAAUUCAAAGUGGGAAAUUGUGUUAGUAUUUUGAAAUUUGUAUUUUGUAUUUUGAAAGUCGUUAGAUUUGUCAUAUAUAGCUAAUGAAUUUGUUAUUUUAAUACAAAUCAAUUCAAAUUCUCAGUUGAAUA